AUCUAUUUAAAGUGCCGAAAUAAAACAGUUGCUAGAGUUUUGCCUGAUCCUCAAAAAUUAGUGUUUUCACAUUCCCAAAAGCUUCAUAAAAACUUGUCUAGGAGGAGCUCAAAUUUAUCUAAAAAUAAAGAUUUCAAUGAAGAGUCUAAAAAUGAUAUUUCGGAAAUCAGGAAAAGUGAAGUUGGAAGUGACAUCCACCUGAACCCUCAUCUUGAUGAAGGCAAUGGAAAUAGAAUGCAGUUUCAAAAUAGAGCAGAAAGGAACUAGCAAUAUACUUUCUCAAAGAAGCUUCAAGCAAAAUAUAAGCAAACAAGGAAGCAAGUCUUAUCUCUCAAAUUAUUGUAAAAACAAUUUGGAUGAAGAGAGGAGGACUAUUCCAAGAAAUUAUAAUGACUCUACUCUGGACCCAGAAUAUGAAUCUUUUCCUGAAAAUGAAGAUCUUAUAAGAAAAAUACAAAAGAAGAUAGAAGCAAGAGUUCAAUACAAACCAAAAUGAAAAUAGCCUGAUUUAUUCUUUCCUUUGUUGUAAAGAGUUCACAAGGUGAUGAAUGAAGUCUCUCUAUAAGCAUCAUCAAGAUUACAAGCAAGCUUCUAGAAAGCUUACAUCAGAUCUAGAUCUAAAAACUCUCGUAAAUACUAUCCGGAGGACACAAAUCUUGGCUGAUUUAUUGUUCUCUCAAAGCUCUGCGAUACUCUUAUUAGAGAAUCAUCCUUGUGUCAUGUUCCCUCCAAAAGAAUAUGAAAAAGAAGUAUCUAAAAUUGAACUAACAGGCAAUCUUUGAAAGCAGCUUGCCUUACAAAUUGUUAAAGAGAAUAACUAAUGAUGUCAUUUU